AUGAUUUUGAUACCGAAGACUUUUUUGCCCAUCGAAAUAUUGCUGCAGAUUAUAGUUAAAAAAUAUUUCUCUUCCGCGUAUUGUCUCACAAUUGUUUCAGAAGAUUUAUUAAAAAUACCAUUAUUAAAUAGUUAUAUGUAUAUUUUUAGUAAUAACACUGAAAAUCUUGUUGAUCUUAUGCUUAACGCUUCUGAAGCGGGUUGUUCCGAUUACAUCGUGCAUAUUAAGGAACCAAAAGAGUUUUUUGUUGCAUUUGAUAAGGUCCUGCAUAGUGGAAAUAUAAGAAGAAGUGAUAGAAAGGUGAUAAUACUAUCACCUUGCGUUGGUGAUAAAAACAUUACUUCCUAUGAUUCAGUUGAAGUUUUAUCUAUGCGAGAAACAGCUUUUAUACCAAAUGUCCUGUUAAUUGUAUUAACAGAAGAAGAAUCUGAUUGCAAGUCUUAUGAUUUGAUUACGCAUAAAUUUGUUGGGCCGGUUGACAAUAAGAAACCAAUACUGUUAGACAGAUGGAAUUCAUGCAGGAACGCUUUUGAAAAUAAUGUUAACUUAUUUCCCCAUGAUAUGUCGAAUUUACAAGGUAAAAUAGUAAAAGUGGCUGCAUUUACUUACAAGCCUUAUGUACUUCUUGAUCUUGAUGAUGAAUUAGUACCAUUUGGCCGUGAUGGGGUGGAAGUAAGAGUAGUGGAUGAAUUUUGCAGAUGGAUUAAUUGUACCGUAGAAAUAGUGAGGGAUGAUGAGCACGAAUGGGGCGAAAUUUAUGACAACUUUACAGGUGUUGGUGUGAUAGGAAAUGUUUUUGAAGACAGAGCUGAUCUUGGUAUAACCGCGCUUUACUCUUGGUUUGAGGAAUAUGUUGUUAUGGAUUUUUCCGCUCCCGUUAUAAGAACUGCUAUAACAUGUAUAGCGCCUUCACCAAGCCUGCUAGCGAGCUGGGAAAUGCCAUUACUGCCUUUUAAUGUGUAUAUGUGGAUCGCAAUAUUUUUUACAUUUGUAUACGCCUCCGUGGCCCUAAUCAUAGCAAAAGGAUUUUCAACAGACGAAGUUUUACUUACGACAUUUGGAAUUAUGUUAACACAGUCACGGCCUGAAAGAGGCUUCAUUUCUUGGCGUAUACGUAGCGUUAUGGGAUGGAUGAUGAUGACCGGUUUGGUUAUUGACAACGCCUACGGAGGGGGUCUAGCUUCCACCUUCACUGUGCGGAAGUAUGAGAAAUCUGUUGAUACCAUACAAGACAUCGUUGACAGGCGUAUGGAGUGGGGCGCUACGCACGACGCUUGGAUAUUUUCACUGAUGCUUUCGCAAGAGCCAUUGAUCAAGCAAUUGUUGAGUUGCUUUCGUACGUAUCCGGCAGAGGAAUUAAUGCAGAAGAGCUUUGAAAAAAGCAUGGCUUUCAGCAUUGAAAAGUUACCUGCAGGUUACUUUGCAAUUGGAGAAUAUAUUACGAAAGAAGCCUCUUUGGACUACACAAUAAUGUUGGAUAAAUUUUAUUAUGAACAAUGUGUUGUGAUGAUGCGAAAAAGUUCACCUUACACAGACAAAAUCAACGUACUAAUUGGGCGUCUUCAUGAAUCUGGGCUAAUGCUUUCAUGGGAGACUCAGGUAGCUUUACGGUAUUUGGAUUUUAAAGUACAAUUAGAAGUUAAACUAUCGCGUUCCAAGAGAGAUGUUGAAAAUGUUGAACCGUUGGGCUUUACACAUGUUUUGGGAAUAUUCUGCUUAUAUGGGUUGGGCGUGAUAAUGUCGGUCAUCGUCUUCAUACUGGAAAUUAUCGUACAUAGGAAAUAUAAAAAAACAUCACUCAACCAUGAACAUGUAUCGUAG